GAGAUUAAUCGAAUCCCCUCACUGAAAAUGGCUUCUAUUGACUUUAUAACGUUAACUGGUGACAGCGAGAAAAAACAAGCGGGAGAGAAAGCAGAGAGUGGCAAUGAAGUGGAAAACCAGGACCUGUCAGAGGAGGAAGGAGGCGCCGGGAAGGCAGAGGCCAGUUUGUCGAAGCUCAUGGUCACCGUGACCUCAGCUAAGACCAAGAAAAAGAAACACAGGCACCGCAGCAAACACAAGAGACACAAGCAGUCUUCACCUGAGGACAAGGAGCGACGCCAUAAGCACCGGCACAAGCACAAAAAGCACAAGCGUAAAGACAACCCCUUGACUGACAACUUCCCCACCGGGGGCGACGACAACGCUUUCCCAUACUCUUCCUCCGACAAGCUGCCGAGACUGGAAGACGAUGAGAUGGCGCUUCUGGAGGAGCUGGAGAAACAGAGGGCCCUGAUCCAAGCUGAGCUAGACAGUGAAAUGACUGAGGGUGGCAGGGGGGUACAAUCGGGCAUGGGGCUCAUACUCCAGGGAUACCACUCUGGGGAGGAGGAGGAUGGGGAGAUUCAGGGGGAGAGGAUGUGCAACGGGCAGCACUUGCGGAGAGGGGCAACGGGGCCCGUGGCUGGCUCAGGCUCGCAGACUGCUAAAGACACCGGUAGAGUCCAGCGAGAGUCGACAGACGCCGGCAAAGCUAAGCAGAACAAUCCCAAUAAAAACGGCAGGAAGAGAAAGAUGGACGGCAAAACCAAGGAUCAGAUGAGCGGACUGAGCACGUCCAGGGAUAGAGACAACAGGAGACAUUCCAGGAGUGCAGAUUGCUUCAAGGAAAGGGCACGGGCGUCCAAGUCUCCUCCUGGCACUAGCAACCAGCCUUCCCUGCCGGCUCAAAGCAGAGAGGCCCAAAACCAGGACAAACACAAGAAGGCGAUCAAGUCCCCCGCCAAGGACGAUUCCCCUGGGAAUGAGAACUGCUCUCCUGGCCUACGAGGGAGGCCGCCAUGCCCCGCCUCCCAGCUGCAGCGCAGCAAGUCCCCAUCACAGUCCCAGGACCCCCGGGCCUCCUCCGGAGCAGAGCGACGGGCCAGGUCACCGCCACCACCCAGAGGGGGCCACCCGAGCUCCCCGGAGGGUCAAAGGAGAGAGGUGGACCGACUGAGACUCUCACCUGGCAGGAUUCGGAGCCAGGACGAAGCAGGGGGCCGUAGGGAUGCCAGCGCAGCUCUAGGUGCCCGACGACGGCUCAGCCGCUCACCAUUCAGGCGGAGGUGUUGCUCUCCCAGGAGACGCAGCAGGUCUCCAUUCAGGAGGAGGUCAUUGGAUCGGGACAGGAUGGGACGGAGGCCGCAGUGGGGUUCCCGAUCACAGGAGGGGAGGCAGAGACUGAGCCGGGACAGAGAGGACAAGUUCAAGGGCAGCCUCUCGGAGGGAAUGAAGGUCGACAAGGAGGACUCUGAAGAUGAAGUGAUGGAAGAUUACGAUGUGGAUGAGGACGACGAGGAGGCUCUCAUCGAACAGAGGAGGCUACAGCGUCUGGCCAUCGUCCAGAAGUACAAGGGAGGGAACGAGGACAGUAACAUGUCGGAGCCCGGCAGCCUGCAGAGCAGCCAACGCAGCCGCUCGCCCUCGCCAGACGACAUCCUGGAGCGUGUGACGGCCGACGUCAAAGAGUACGAGCGGGAAAACAUGGACACCUUUGAAGAAAACAUCAAGGCUAAGCACAACCUCAUCGAACAGGAGAAAGAUGAAGGAACCAACCCCAAAAAACCCUCCGCCCCCGACAUGUUUACUGAAUCGGAUGACAUGUUCGCCGCCUACUUUGACAGUGCAAGGUUUCGAGCAGCAGGUAUCGGGAAGGACUUUAAGGAGAACCCCAACCUCCGAGACAACUGGACAGACGCAGAGGGAUACUACCGAUUCAAUAUCGGGGAGAAACUGGACAAGCGGUACAGUGUGUACGGCUACACGGGGCAGGGCGUGUUCAGCAACGUCAUCCGAGCCCGUGACGUGGCCCGCGCCAGCCAGGAGGUUGCUAUUAAGAUCAUUCGGAACAACGAGCUCAUGCAGAAGACUGGGCUCAAGGAGCUGGAGUUCCUGAAGAAACUCAACGAUGCCGACCCUGACGACAAGUUCCACUGCCUGCGCCUCUUCCGACACUUCUACCACAAGCAGCACCUCUGCCUGGUUUUCGAGCCUCUCAGUAUGAACCUGCGCGAGGUGCUGAAGAAGUAUGGCAAAGACGUGGGCCUCCACAUCAAGGCGGUGCGCUCCUACAGCCAGCAGCUCUUUCUGGCCCUGAAGCUGCUCAAACGUUGCAACAUCCUUCACGCCGACAUCAAACCUGACAAUAUCCUGGUGAACGAGUCGAAAACCAUCCUCAAGCUCUGCGACUUUGGUUCAGCGUCGCACGUGGCAGAGAAUGACAUCACUCCCUACCUGGUUAGCCGGUUCUACAGGGCGCCGGAGAUUAUCAUCGGGAAGCCUUACGACUACGGCAUCGACAUGUGGUCCGUUGGCUGCACUCUGUAUGAGCUGUACACGGGCAAGAUCCUUUUCCCAGGGAAAACCAACAACCACAUGAUUAAGCUCGCCAUGGACCUCAAGGGCAAGAUGCCCAACAAGAUGAUCAGGAAAGGCGUGUUCAAGGACCAGCAUUUUGACCAGAACCUCAACUUCCUGUACACCGAAGUAGACAGAGUUACUGAAAGGGAGAAGGUGACAGUGAUGAGCACCAUCAACCCCACCAAGGAGCUGCUGGCUGACAUGGUGGGCUGCCAGCGUCUGCCCGAGGACCAACGCAAGAAGGUGGCCCAGCUCAAGGACCUGCUGGACCAGACCCUUAUGCUGGACCCGGCCAAGAGGAUCAGCAUCAACCAGGCCCUGCAGCACCCCUACAUCCAGGAGAAGAUCUUCUGACCACUUUGUACUGUAUCCACUCACAGUCACGCAUUGAUUGCCGCAACCAGUACUGAGUCCUUAGUUUGACUAUGGUUGGACCCCCAUCCCAUCUGGCACUGCUGAUGGAGAGGAAGUAGUAUUAUCUUUCUUCCCCCGUUUGAACCACACACACACACACUCUCUCCCGUUUUUCAUCGAUCUUCUGGAUUGUAUAAAUAACCGUAGUAGGGCUCCUAGCAGAAUGCCUGCUGCACAGCAUAUGUUCAGUCUCAGCCUACCUGCAAGUCAGAUAGUUCUGUCUCCAUUAUAAGCCCUCUAUCUCAUGGACAGUAAGCCACUCGAGUUGGACUUUCAUCCAAUCACAUCUUCCGUUUUUUGAUUGGCCUCUUGCAGGUGACUGAAGGUGGAUGAUAUUUUUUGCUGUAAAUUUUUUUAAAUUCUGAUUGGGUUAAGUAAAAUGUUAAUUCUGAUUGUUGGGACGGGUUAGUCAAAUGUUCAUUCUGAUUGGGUUAGUCAAAUAUUCAUUCUGAUUGUAGGGACGGGUUAGUCAAAUGUUAAUUCUGGUUGUUGGGAAGAGUUUUUGAGUUAACGGUCAUUCAUGAGUUGCCAAGGCUGUGACAAGCAGGGAGGGUAACCCAAUGCCCUUACCCUUUUGAAUGGGAUGUUCGUACAGUGAGUAGACUAAACUCCUGCAACCUUGGCAGCUCCUUUGACUUACUGUUACCUGUGAUGUGGUGCAGGGCCAGCAUAAAUGAUGUCUAUAUCCGCGUCUCUCCCAGGUAUUGAAAACCCCGAGCGCUCCCCUACCCACCCCGUCCCCACAUCCUGGUGUCUGUGCAGGCCCUGGUCCGCAUGCCCGUUCUGCUGCUGCCUGUAGGUCUGUCAGUGCCGAAAACCCAAACGGUUGGGGGGUCCUUGGGUUCUACUUGAGCACACCUGCAGGGAUGGCCCCUCAUGUUUAAAGCAGGUUGUAUACCACUUUCAGUACAUUGAAGGUAAGCUAUCCCCCCCCUCCUAGGAAAAAAAACUAAAGUCAUCAACUUCAACUGGUUAUUACCUUUUAUAUGUUUAUUUUUUGAUAUAUUACACAUGGUUUUAGCCAGAUGUCCCUGUAGACAUGGUUUACCUUCCUCCAGGGUAUCUCUUACAUGUCAAGAAACAUGGUUUCUAUAAGACAACUAUAUAUUUCUUAAGCAUAAAACAAAUCACUAUGGCAAAGAUUGGAUUUAAAAAAAUCCAAAUCAGUCACGCAUCCAAAUUGUAGAGAGGAAAUUGGAUCGGGGGGGGGGGGGGGGG